CUGCCCUGACUCCGCCCCAAGAGCAUAAAUACAGCCCUGCGACUCAGUGAGUCCUCGGUGAUCGCAUCACUGCAGCUGCUUCACGUUUGACCUCCGACCCCACCACAAGACUCAGGAUGGAGCGCACCUUCGUUGCUGUGAAACCCGACGGCGUUCAGAGAGGCCUGUGCGGCGAUAUCAUCCACCGCUUUGAGAAGAGAGGAUUCAAACUCGUCGCCGCCAAGUUUAUGAAGGCUUCUGAGGACUUCAUGAAGACUCACUACCUGGACCUGAAGGACAUGCCCUUCUACGGAGGCCUGUGCAAGUACAUGUCCUCUGGACCUGUGUUUGCCAUGGUGUGGGAAGGUGAGAACAUCGUGAAGCUCGGCAGGAUGAUGCUUGGAGAGACCAACCCCGCAGACUCCAAACCUGGCAGUAUCCGCGGAGACCUGUGCAUCAACAUCGGCAGGAACAUCAUCCACGGUAGCGACACUCUGGAAAACGCCAAACGUGAGGUGGAGCUGUGGUUCAAGCCCGAGGAGUUCGUCACCUACACUUCCUGCUUCCAGCCCUUCCUCUACGAGUAACCAGCCAAUCAGGAGCCAGGAUCAACCCCUAACCCCGCCCCCACAUGUGACCGGCCAAUCACCACCCACCACUCACCCUCGGAGCCCCGCCCUCAGCUGUCAAUAACCACGUUUGGGUUUUUCAUUGGAACAUGACACAGAAAUAAACUCCAUGUUUCCCCCAA